AACAAAAAUGAUAUAAAAAUAAAAUAAUCGAAUGUCCCUCCUUCCUUUAACAAACUUACCCAAUCAAUCCACAACGGAAGCGAGUCACCAUACCGAUGCAACUCACCUGCAACCUCUUCAUCAUCCCUUUCAACAAACUCCCAACACCGAGAUUCUCCUUUAAAACUCGCUUCUGCUACUCCACCGAGUACUCCAACUCAGUCCAAGAAGAUAGUCUCAAAACACUCGAAUGGACCUCCAUAUGCAAGCAACUCUCCGCGUUCACUUCCACCUCUAUGGGCUCCUCCGCCGCAAACAACGCCCGUUUACCAAUCGGACGUACUCCAACCGAUACCCAAAAGCUUCUCGAUCAAACGUCUGCCGCCAGACUCAUCCCUCAACAACAACUCGACUUCUCUGGAAUCCAUGACUUGACUGACAUUCUCUCCGUUGCUGUUUCCGGUCAGCUGUUGACGAUUCCUGAGCUUUGCACCGUUCGCCGAACACUUGCUUCUGCUAGAGAAUUGUUCGAUUCUUUGAAACGCGUGGCUUCCGAGGCUACGCAUUCACAGAGGUACUCGCCCCUUCUUGAAAUACUGCAAAAUUGUAAUUUUCUAGUGGGCUUGGAGCGUACAAUAGAAUAUUGCAUAGAUUGCAAUCUUUCUGUAAUUCUUGAUAGAGCAAGCGAAGACCUUGAGAUCAUUAGAUCAGAAAGAAGGAGGAACAUUGAAAUUUUGGAUUCCUUGUUGAAGGAAGUAUCAUCUCAAAUUUUUCGGGCUGGGGGUAUUGAUAGACCAUUUAUAACCAAGCGUCGAUAUAGAAUGUGUGUGGGUAUCAGGGCUUCCCAUAGGUAUUUGCUUCCAGAAGGUGUAGUUCUUAAUGCCAGUAGCUCUGGAGCAACAUACUUUAUGGAACCGAAAGAAGCAAUUGAUUUGAAUAACUUGGAAGUUAGGCUUUCAAACUCUGAGGCGGCUGAGGAAAGGGCAAUUUUGAGUAUGCUUGCAUCUGAAAUAGCAAAUUCAGAAUCAGAGAUAAAUUAUUUAUUGGAUAAAGUUCUUGAGGUUGAUCUUGCUUUUGCAAGAGCUUCCUAUGCUCAAUGGAUGAAUGGGGUAUGUCCAAUUUUCAGUUUACGUACUCUUGAAGGCACUGAUUCUGUUGAAGAAGACAAAGACAGUGACAUUUCAGUUGUGCAAGAGGAUGACGAUUUAACAAUAGAUAUUGAGGGUAUGCGACAUCCAUUACUCCUGGAGUCGUCUCUAGGAAAUAUUUCAGAUGAUCGUACACUAAGGUCGGGAAAUGCUGUUGAGUUGAGUAAUGGAAAUGGAACAAUGGCUUCUACAGGCACAUCACCAGGCAUCACAGAAUUCCCUGUGCCAGUUGACUUCAAAAUUAGACAUGGAACUAGAGUGGUGGUGAUCUCAGGACCUAAUACUGGAGGAAAAACUGCUUCCAUGAAAACGUUGGGCCUGGCAUCACUUAUGUCAAAAGCCGGAAUGCAUCUGCCUGCCAAGACACGUCCAAAACUUCCCUGGUUUGACCUUAUCCUUGCAGAUAUUGGAGAUCAUCAGUCCCUUGAGCAAAAUCUCUCAACUUUUAGUGGGCACAUCUCACGUAUUCGUAAGUUUCUGGAAGUGGCCUCAAAACAAUCACUUGUUCUCAUUGAUGAAAUUGGUUGUGGAACUGAUCCUUCAGAAGGUGUAGCUCUUUCCUCCAGUAUCUUACAAUAUCUGAGGGAUCAUGUUAAUUUGGCUGUUGUGACCACUCAUUAUGCCGAUCUAAGUACUAUGAAGGAAAAGGAUACCUGCUUUGAAAAUGCAGCAAUGGAAUUUUCAUUGGAAACCUUGCAACCAACUUAUAGGGUUCUCUGGGGAUGCACUGGUGAUUCAAAUGCAUUAAGCAUAGCACAAUCUAUUGGCUUUGAUAAAAAAAUAAUUGAUCAUGCACAAAAGUGGGUGGAGAAGUUAAAACCAGAACAGCAGCAAGAACGGAGGGGAAUGCUCUAUCAGUCAUUGCAGGAAGAAAAAAAUCGAUUAAAGGCUGAAGCUGAAAAGGCCGCUUCCAUUCAUACAGAAAUUAUGAACGUGUACUCUGAGAUCCAAAGGGAGGCAGAAGACCUUGAUAGACGAGAAAUGAUGCUUAUGGCAAAGGAAGCUCAACAGGUCCAAGAAGAGUUAGAGAGUGCAAAAUCUGAAAUAGAAACUGUGAUAAAUAAAUUCGAAAAACAACUAAAAAAUUUGGGCCGCAACCAACUCAAUUCACUUAUUAAAGAAUCUGAAACUGAAAUUGCCUCCAUUGUAAAAGCUCACACUCCUGCUGCUGUUGGUUUUCCCAUCAGUGGUGCUGAUCGCACUGCAUCAUAUACUCCACAAUUUGGAGAUCAAGUCCGUGUCAAGGAAUUGGGAGGAAAAUUAGCAAAAGUGGUAGAAUCGCCUGGGGAUGAUGAAACAAUCUUGGUACAGUAUGGUAAAGUGAAAGUACGUGUCAAGAAAAAUAGCAUCAGAGCUAUUCCACCAAGUUCAAAGAAUCCUGCAACUAGUUUUGCCACUUAUCAGGGGAGGCAGAGUCCACAGAGUGGAGAAUCCCAGGGUAACCUAGAGAUCAACAGCAGCAAUAAUGAUCAUUCUUAUGGUCCAGUGGUGCAAACAUCUAAGAAUACUGUGGAUCUACGAGGAAUGCGACUGGCAGAAGCUGCUAUCCAUCUUGAGACAGCAAUUAACCUAAGUCGUCCGUAUUCAGUUCUCUUUGUAAUACAUGGGAUGGGCACUGGUGCUGUUAAAGAUCGCGCACUUGCUAUUAUGGAAAAGCACCCACGUGUCACUAAUUAUGAACCAGAAAGUCCAAUGAAUUAUGGUUGUACCCUUGCAUAUGUGAAGUGAACCCUCGUUCCCCUGCUGCAAUAUGCUAAUGGGAGUUUGAACCCACUUUUGGUCUGCUGCUUCUCUUCUUUACCUGAUCAAUCAAGUGACUAAUUUUGGAUGUAUAUACAUACAUAUACAAAUAAUUUGGUAGUAUAAUUAAAUGAAAGUUUGUAACAUUUAGCAGUUUUAAUUUAUUGAAUUUUACUCUAAAAUUAUAGUCUGCAUUUCAUUUGUCCUUUGUUUUGUUGAUACUUUACAUGGAGCAUUUUUUAGGCAUUUGCCAAACUUAAGCUUGGGGAGAUCAUAACAGAGAAUAGAGCCAUUGUUUUUGCCUACUCAUUCUCUUCACCCUUCCUAUUAAUAACCCAAAUCAGAUUGCCAUAAUUAUCCUUCUAAAAAUAUAGUAAAUCAAUUCACCAAAACACUAAAAAUGAUAAAUCAGAUUCUCAUUCACACCCCCUCCGUACGUUUGUCCUCCUCUCUCCUCAUACCCAUUGCAAUUUAUCUGUUCUCCUUUAUUAUUUCAAUUACUUUUUUUUUUCUUCUUCCCUUUUUUGCAGGUGAAAAGAACAAGGAAGAGCAAGUAAGAACUCCUCAUGCGGUUCAACACCUUCUACGGUUAUGCCAAGCAGUGCUCUAAGGAGCUCAGGCCAGGCAUCAAGGCCGUUGAAGAAACCGUCAAGAGCGCGAUGGGACCUGUCAAUGAAAAAUUCCGCCUUCUUCCUGAUGAGAUCAUCCGCCAUGCCAAUAUUGAUCAUGCCGAACACCAUUCCACAAGCAACGCUCCUGUUGCCAACAUAGCCACUGUGUCGAAAAUGGCGGUGAGGCAUUAUGGCAAGGGUGAGCCCGUGGCAGAGCAGAGUGUGGCUUCGGCAUGGCAGAAGGUGAAACAAUCUCCAAUGUUUCAUCGGGUGGCGAAUGCGGUUGCGCCAAAGGCCACGUAUUGCACGGAAAAGUACAACAAAGCGGUUAUUGGUGCCGCGGAGAAGGGUUGUAAGGUCUCACCGUACUUGCCUUUGGUGCAUAGAGAGGAUAGCUAAGGUGUUUUGUGAAAUUUGGAGCAUGAAUCAAUCAGUCUCUUCCUACCUUUGUUUUUUUUGUUUGACAUUGUUUGCUAGUAAUUUGUUACUGGCUGUUAUUGCAGUUAUAGAUAUUGUUCAAAAGGAGUCUGCUAUUGAUAGGUUGUAUAUUUGACAUCAAAGUUUAGAUUUGGUGGUGGUUGAAGACACAGAAAAAGAAUUUUUGUUUUGAUUUAAA